AUGGAGAACCUGACGAUACACGAUGCGCCACCCCCCGGGGCACCCCAGCAGGGAGGAGGAGCAGGAGGAUCACACAUCCAGCAGGCCCUGGGACGCGGGGCGCCGCCGCCGCCGCCGCAACAGCCCCAGCAGCUGCCACCCCAGAUGUUCACGACCGCCGCCCAGCUCCUCGACCUGACAGACAAGAAGCUGCUUAUUUGCUUGCGCGACGGUAGAAAGCUGACGGGCAUCCUGCGAAGCUGGGACCAGUUCGCGAACCUGGUGCUCCAGUCCACAGUCGAGCGGGUGUACGCCACGCUGCCGGAGGCGACCGACGAGUCGGCCGUCAAGGGCUACUACGCCGACAAGCCGCACGGCAUCUUCCUGGUGCGGGGCGAGAACGUGCUGCUGCUCGGGGAGAUCGACCUCGACAAGGACGACGAGCCGCCCGCCGGCUUCGAGGAGCGCGACUACAAGACGGUCGACCAGAUGGCCAAGGAGCGCAAGGCCCUCGACCGCGCCAAGGAGAAGACCAAGCUCAAGAAACUGGCCACGCUGGGCUUCGAGGGCGAGAACAUCGGCGAGGUCCUCCUGUGA